AAGGUGCGCUUUCGAUUAAGAACUAUGAAAAAGAAAUCAUUAACUAGCUCGCUCUAACUUUUCGCAAGUAUUCGAUAUGACUACAUAUACGGAUAAAGGUCUCAAGCCCUUAGGUGGAAAAUUCUUGCACUUCGAUCACCUCAAAUUCUGGGUCGGGAAUGCAAAACAGGCAGCCAGUUAUUACUGCGCUAGAUUAGGUUUCGAACCUUUGGCUUACCGCGGUUUAGAAACUGGAUCCAGGCGCGUGGCAUCGCACGUCGUUAAACAAAAUCAAAUCAUUUUUGUAUUCGAAUCAGCCUAUGAACCUAACAAUGAAGAAAUGGCAAGCCAUCUUUCCCAACACGGAGACGGUGUUCGCGAUAUUGCUUUUAACGUUCGCGAUAUAGGCAUCAUUGUGAAAAUCGCAAAGGAAGGAGGAGCGACAAUAGUGAAAGACAUAUGGGAAGAAAGUGACGAAUAUGGUACUGUAAAAUUUGCUACCAUAAGAACAUAUGGGGAUACAUAUCAUACACUGAUAGACAGAUCCAAAUAUAAAGGAUUCUUUUUGCCAGGAUUCCAAAUUCUACCGGAUGAUCCGUUUUCAAAGACACUACCAAAAGUAGGAUUAAAUUUCAUCGAUCAUAUCGUUGGCAACCAACCUGACAAACAAAUGGAACCUGUUGCGAAAUGGUACGAACAAUGUUUGCAGUUUCAUCGAUUCUGGUCAGUAGAUGAUACUCAACUGCACACAGAAUAUUCAGCUCUGCGUUCCAUCGUAAUGACGAAUUGGGAAGAAACGGUGAAAAUGCCUAUUAAUGAACCUGCUCCUGGCAAGAAACGUUCUCAAAUCCAGGAAUACGUCGAAUAUUAUGGAGGAGCAGGAGUGCAACACAUCGCUCUCAAUACAAACAACAUAAUUACGGCUAUACAGAAUCUGCGAGCUAGAGGAGUAGAAUUUCUGCAUGUUCCAGACACUUACUAUGAUAUGUUAAGAAGUCGUUUGAAAAACAAUGGUAUAAAAAUCUUGGAGGAUAUUGACAUACUUCAGAAAUUAAAAAUUUUAAUCGAUUAUGAUGAAAAUGGGUAUCUUUUACAAAUAUUUACCAAAAAUAUGCAAGAUCGGCCAACGCUCUUCAUAGAGGUCAUUCAAAGACAUAAUCACAAUGGAUUUGGAGCUGGAAACUUUCAAGCAUUGUUUGAAGCUAUUGAAAUGGAGCAAGCUAAACGCGGCAAUUUGUAACACUCCGAUUCUUAAUAAUCAUGUCAAUUGAGAUAACAUACAAUUACAUAAUAUAUAGUAACCUUUUUUUAAAAA